AUGUAAAACAUUCAAUAAUCCCAUAAUUAAAUUGGAGGCUUGUUCUAUUUUACGCCAUCAUUAUAAGGGCAAAUUAUUUCUAAGUCCAAUCAAUUUAAACUUUGCUACAACACUAAAAUGGGAUCAAUAUUUAGGUUAUAGCCUAAGAUUUAAUUUUCAGAUUCCUCAUCAAUUUACUCUUAAAAUGGUGGUGAAUCAGGUCAAAUUAGUAUUAAUGGAGGAGGAUUCACCUAUAAUUUAUCUAAUUUAACAUUCAAAGAUUAAGUCUCUUAAAUCGGAUCUAUAAUUGAUUUGAAUAAUUCAGCGAUUAUCAAUUUAAAAGAUUCGCUGAUAUUCAAUUCUAAAGUAUUUAAUGCAGGAGGAAUAUUUUAUGGUUAAGUUUAUAAAAAUAGUGUCAAAGCAAAUAUCACAUCAUCUGGUAGUUUGAUCAUUAUAUAGAAUGCAGAUCUCUUUAUAUAAUACUUAGAAGUAUAAAACUGCUACUUAUUUGAUGGCAGUUUAUUUAAAAUUGAAAACACAACAGUUACUGAUCUAAAUUCAAAAUACUAUGGAAUUGCUGCACAUUCUGGGGCUAUUGGAUCAUUUAAAAAUAUUAUUGGAUCAUUCAACAAUAUUAGUAUUCAGAAUGCAUAUUCUUACACCGGUGGAAGUUAUUAUGUUACAGAAUAAAGUGGAGGAGUGAUCUAUAUUGAUGCAUUAAAUUCUGAACUUUACCUAAGUGAAACAUCUAUUUCAAACUCGCAUUCUGAAAUCAACGGAGGAUUUAUCAAUGAUAGAAAUGGAAAUUUAAUAAUAAUAAAUAAAUGCAACUUCAGCCAUGUGAAUUCUCUUUAAAAUGGAUCAAUCAUUUUCUCAGAGAACCUAAGUUAGAAGAUAGAUAUUAUUUAAAAUAUAAUAGACUGUGAAGGAUAAGAUGCUAAUUAUGAUAAUGACUUUUUACUCCGUUAAAACAUCGUUUUGUUUGGAGGCGUAAUCUAUGCAUUAGAUUCUAGCUAACUUUAUUCAACAAAUAAUAUUUUCAAAAACUGUCUAAAUAGAAAUAAUGGAGGAAUCUAUUAUUUAGAGAACACUACUUUUUCAGAAAUAAACUCGUAAUUCAGCAAAAUUUCAGCUAUCUCUGGAGGAAUAUACUACUGCUAGAGUUGUUAGAUAACAAUUGAUUCAUGUAUUUAUUCGGAUUUCAAGGCAAAUAAUGGUGGGUUAAUUAAUAUUCAAAAUAAUGCAAAUGUUACAAUUGAAAAUAUUACAACUUUCAACUCUUAAGCGUUUAGAAAUGGGGGAUUAAUUUAUGCUACUAGUUUCUCGGAUUCCAAUUAAUGCGUUAUUAUACUUAAGAGAUACAAUUUUUUCAACUAAAGCUAUGCUCAAUAAAAUGGUGGAUGCUUUUAUUUUGAUAAUCCUUAACUCUAAUUUCAAAAUUUCUAGCCUUUUAAGAUUCUGAAUAGUCGAGCGAUUACUGAUAAUGGAGGAGUAUUUUACAUUAAAUAGUCAUCUCUCGUAGAGCUAAUGGAUUCUAAUUUUACUGAUUAUGAGUCAUUAAAUAAUGGCUCUUUCCUGUAUACUGAAUAUAGCAAUUUUUAACUCAUAAUUAUCAAUAACACCUUCAACAAGAAGAAGGAUUAAUGGAUAGAAUAGAAUAGUGAUCUAAUGGGAUAGUUGAACCCAGGCUCAUUUUAUCUGAAGAAUACAAAUAAUACCAUUUAUAGUAAUAAAAACAUUUUUUAAAACAAUUAUGUAUGCUACUAAGGCGGAGCAAUCACACUAAUAAAUGCUAGUUUGGUAGAUACUUUAUCAACCUACAAAUAUAAUAGUGCUAUUUCAGGGGGAGCUAUUUAUUGUUAGAAUUGUACCUUAAAUAUUAGUAAAUCCUCAUUUUAAUUGAGUGAGGCUCACAAUGGUGGUGCAAUUUUUAUAGAUAAUCAUUAUGAUUAGUUGCUUCUAAAAGACAUCAGCUUUAAUAACAGUCUUAGCCUUGAUAAGGGAGGAUCAAUUUUUAUCAAGGGCUCUAUAACAGGAACUACUGAACUUAAUAAUAUGUUAAUCUUUUAAUCCACAGGUUCAGGAUAUUCUCUCUUUAAAACAUAAUUCUAUGAUCAAGAUUCAUAGUAUAGCUAUAAUUCUGCACUUUAUGGAGGAGUUUUUUAUUUAGACACCACUUUUGUAAAUCUUACAAACACUAGUUUUUAGAACAUGUAUGCUGUAUCUGGAGGUGUGAUAUUUAUUUAAGAUCUUUCUCCAACUAUUAUGAUGAAAUCUUUGAUUAAUAAUUCAAUCUCUAAAUAAUACGGAGGAGUAUUCUACAUAAAUGAACCGAGAAAUCCAAUUGGUGCAAGUUCAUUUAAUAUGACUUAUGUCAAUGUUUCCAAUACAUUUGCAGGAAUAUCUGGAGAGUCUGGUGGAGUAAUAUUUGUUUCGAAAAUGGAUGGUGUACUUUAAAUUUCAUCUGACACAGCAAUGAUCUAAAAAUCGUUAUUUAGAAAUUUUAAAGCAAAGAAGCUUGGAUCAUUACUCUACUCUUCCUACCCAAAUUUUUCAAUGACAGUUAAUAAAACUAUAAUAGAAUCUGAAACUAAUUUUGAUUUUAAUUAUGUUAAAGAGAAAUUAUAAAGCUUUCAAGCAGACUAUGCUGGAGCAAUUUAUGUAGCAGAUUCUAUUUAGGGAGUAUCUUCAUUUGACAAUGAAUAUAGAUAUUGCUAUUUUUUCAACUAAGGAGCAGUUUAUACUAUCAAAGAUACUAAAUUCAAAGAGAUAAACUCAAUCUAUCAUGAGAAUGCUGCCAUAGGAGGAGGAGUUAUUCUCUGCAUGAGUUGUGAGAUGAAUGUGAAUAAUUCAGCAUUUUUUAAAAAUUAUGCUUUUAGUGGGGGAGUUUUUGUCUUUGAUAAUUAAGUAAGGGUAAAUAUCACAUUUUCUAACUUUACAAACAAUACUGCUUUAAAAGAUGGAGGUGCUUUCUUGGAUUCAAAUUUAACUAACUUCGAAUCACCUGAAGGAGCUGCAAUUUUUUCUCAAUCAGCUAAUGUUUAAAUUUUUCUUUACAAUAACAAUAUGAUAUGCAAACCAGAUUAUAUUCAGUAUCUUAUUAAAGAUUUCCUGAACUUACCAGAUCCAUUUUACUAAUUACAAUCAAAUAUCUUAAUAAAUAAUGCGAGAUUCAUUGACUCUAAGUACAAUUUAUUCUAGCAUUGUUUCAUUACAAACUUUGGAGGUGUAUUUACACUAUCUAAUACAAAUUUUUAGGACUUUUAUUCCAAAUACUAUCUUAAUGCAGGGGCUUAAGGAGGAGUUUUCUACUUGCAAUAAACAAAUGCUUCGAUAUUAUAUUCUGAUUUUGAUAAAAAUAUAGGUAAUAUUGGUGGAGUCAUCUAAAUGAAUCAAAAUUCCUAUUUAAGUGUUAAAUCUUCAUUUUUCACAAAUAAUGAAGCAUAUUUUUCGGCAGGUGUUUUGUUUAAUUCUAAGUUCUUGUAGACAUUCUCUGAUUAGUUAGAAGAUAGAAUAUAUUCAGGUCUUGAUAAGACUAGAGGAACUUUCAUUUUCAUCAUUACAGAUGUAGACAUUGAAAUAAUCAAUUCUUAAUUUAUGAAUGGUUAUGCUAUAAUGGGAGGAGCAGUAUAUCUAUCAGGUUAUAGCAACCUUAAAAUAAUGAAGAAUACUUUUAAUAAUAAUUUAGCAUUCACCAACGGAGGGGCUAUUUAUGCUGUUGGAUUUGCUAGCAUUUAAAUUAGUGAUGAGACAAAUUUUAAAUAUAAUCUAGCAUAAGAUGGUGGAGAUGACAUCUUUGUUUCUAAUACAGAUCAAAAUCUAACUUUAUUUAAGGUUAAUAUAUUGAAUCCAAAUGCCAAAAACUCAAUUUAUGCAGAAUAAUGUGGAGUCCAGAUUUUAAAUAGUACAAUAUCAAAUGUUAAUAAUGAGAAAAGCACUUAAGGCGCAGGUUUGCAAUGUUUCAAUUGCAGAAAUAUUUAAAUAAUUAACAGCACUUUUUCAAAAUUAUACAGUCAACUUGGCGGAGCAUUAUAUAUUGAAGAAAAUGAAGUUAAUAAAAAAAUAACAGAUAAAAUUGGAAAAUAUUUGAUAAAAAAUUCAAUUUUUGAAAAUUGUUAAGCUUCAGUAGCUGCAGGAGCAAUAUUUUUUAAUAACAUCUAGUAUACAACUAUUUAAAGCAGCAUUUUUAGGAAAAAUACUGUUUUGUAUGAUUAAUCAUAUUCUUAGCAGGAAAUAUCUGGUACAGGAGGAGCAAUUUAUUAUACUUGCGAUGAAACUUAUCUCAAUUGCAAUUUAGAAUUCGCUAACAAAAAUUUUUUCUAAAAUAAUUUAGCAAAAAUAAAGGGAGGUGCAAUAUAUUGGGAUGUCCUAGAGCCAAAAUUCACUGCAAAAGAUAUGAUUUUUUCUGGUAACAAGGGUAUCUACUAUGGAAAUAAUAUUGCUACUUUCUCUUAGAAAUUAAUUAUGAUCAACUAAACAUUUUAUAUAAAUCUAUAAGUGGAUCUUGGAAUUAUUAAAAUCGAUGAUUUAAAUAUAUUAAGACAACUAAGUGAAACUGAAAAUUAUUUAAUUAGCAGAAAUUUGUAGAAAGAAGGAGUAAUUGAUGAAUAAUAAGGGAAAAUUUAAAAUUAAAGAAGCGGUGGUAAUAUCCCUACAAUUUACUUAGCUCAUAUUGAUAAAUAUGGAUAAAUUCAAGCUUCAGAUAAUACAACAGGAAUGGUAUAAAUUUAUGGACUAAGUUUUUCAGCUUCACCUGGUAAUAAAUACACAAUUUCUUUCAAUUCAGAUGGAAUAGAUUUAAGGAAAACUUCUAAUUAAGAAUUUAUGAAACAAAUUGGUGAAUCAUAGUCUAAUUUAGAUACAAAUAUUAUUCUAGAACUUAGAGAUUGUGAUAUAGGCGAAUAAUUUACAGAAGAAGGAUAAUGUAUUAAAUGCCCUAAUUAGUAAAGUUUUUCUUUGGUGAAAAUGACAUCUCCAGGAUAAUGUGAAUCAUGCCCCUCAGAUAAAGCCUUAUGCUAUGGAGGUUCUAAUGUAGGACCUAGACCUGGUUUUUGGAGAACGACCAACUCAUCUUCCUUGUUUAUUUAAUGCCUGUAUGAGCCUGCAUGUUUAGGAAUGGUUGAACCAGAAAAUAAUCCGAUAGGCUCCUGUUAAAAAGGUUAUCAAGGCGUAUUAUGUGCAGAUUGUUUAGUGGGUUAUUCUAGAACAGGUGAUUUUUAAUGCUCAAAAUGUCCUGAGAAAACUAUUAAUAUAAUUAGAUUGACAUUUAUCAUAAUUGCUUUGAUAGUAGCUGUAGUGAUAAUAAUUGGCCAAGCUAGCUUUUAUCCUUUUUUGAUUCAACUAAGCCAGUUGCUCAAGCCUCAACAUAAAUUUUUAGUUUUGAUUGUUUUCUAGAUUCAAGAAUAGAAAACUAAACUUAUUUAUCUAAUGAUCCUCCAUUUUAUGGAUUUUUUCUUUGCAUUACCUUCCAUUAUUGUAUGGGGAGUAGGAAUACCUGCUUUUGCCUAUGUACUAAUGAGAAAUUUUAGAUAUAAAUUAGAUCAAUUAGAAGUUAAAGAAAUGUAUGGAUUUUUAUAUAGAGGUUUUAGAAAGGAGUUUUAUUUCUGGGAGAUUGUUAUUAUGUAUAGAAAAAUGAUUCUUAUUUUGGUAGCAGUUUUUGUAAGAAGUCUUGGUGUCUUAGCUCAAGCAUUGUUUGUAUUCUUCCUUCUUAUUUGUACUCUUGAUCUAAAUAAUCUUGAAAUUGUGUCCCUAGUUACUUCUAUGAUAUCCAUUUAUUGUGGAAUGUUUUUUAUUACUGAUUUACCAGAAAAGUGGAUAAAAGAAAACCCUGAUUUUGCAAAUGGUGCAGUUAUUCUUGAUCCGAAUACAAAGUUAGCUUUCUUCAUCAUUAUUGUGAUAUCAAAUGCUUUCUUUUUUUGCUAUUGGACCAUUAAAAUGUUUGAGGAAAUUAUGCAAAAACUUAGGAACUCUCUUCCAAAAAUAUAUUUAUAUAUGUGUGCUUGUGGAGAUAUAAACAAGCUUUAAAGAGAAAAACAAAUAUUUGAUGUCAAAAUGAAAAAUUAAUCUAUAAAAGAAUAGUAUUUUAUAGCACUUGCACUAGCAAAAAAACAAAUUACAGAGGCAAAAAUAGUUUUGAAUUAGGAAAAUUAUGAAAGAAUUUUCAAAGAAGUUGAUCCUUAAUUAGUCUCUAAGAUGGUUCAAGAUAUCGUAUUUGAGGAGUAUGAUGACAUAGUAUACAAUAAGAGAUAAUAUAGAAUGAUUUAAGAUGGUUUAAAUAGGAUAACUCCUUAGACAGAAAUCCCAAGUCAAAAAGCUAUAAACUUUAAAAAUGAUAUUUAGAUAGAUGAUGAUGAUCUAUCUAUAACAAGAGAAUUUAACGAUUCUAGCAUCCACAGAAAUUUUGAAGAAUAGAUUAAUAGAGAAUAAAUACAAUCGAUGAAAGGCUCUUUGAAUAUUCUAAGAUAGUUUAGGGAUUGGAAUUAUGAUGAGCUCGAAUACAGGAUCAACAGGAGAUCUGAAUAGGAUUUUUCUUUGAGUAAACUAGACAUUUUCAAUCAUAGUUCUUUGGAUAGUUCAGAGAUAAUUAUUGGCGGAAAUGAUAUUUAAAUUAAUGUGCUUUAAAGACCAAUAGUCAAGCGAAAAUCUAAAAAGUAGGUGAAAAGUAAAAGAUUAAGAAGAAAUAAAUAAAACUCAAUUGCUUAGAAUAAUAUUGAUAUCUAAGGUCUAUAAUCCUGA